CACGGAUUUCUUGCAUUAAAAAACUCGCUGUUGACUGCAUCCAUGAUUUUAGUUCUAGUGUCGCCAUCUUCAUCUCCCAUAGGCAUUUGACUUCCAAUUCACACACCCCUUUCUACUCAGUCCUCACCACUCCACCAGCUUCAUCUCCAGUCUUCCCAUUUCCUUUCUGUAAUUCUGUCCAAACGUUUUGAAAGCCCCACUCUCUGCUUCAAUUCUAAGAUCUUAACGGGUUGCUGGUCUUACCUUGCUGAAAAAAACAACGAUCCAAUUCUAGUUUCCAGUUUCCAGUUUAUAUGAAGUUCAACAUUUUCUGGGAUGGGUAUGUUCGGGAAUUGCAGUGGUAUCUGAAAGUCUGAGUCUUGGAAACUGGGUUGAUGAGAAAUACUGAAUUGAUUUUGUUUGAAGAUGAUGGGUUCGUAUGCUAAUUUUUGGAGUGUUUUAGGAAUUGGGUUAUUAUUUCUGCUGUUAGUUGAUUUCUCUCACUCGGAACUUAUUGAUUAUGGAGGGCUUGACUUUGAACCUAGGGCUAGAAAUUCCAUCACCUAUAGCUAUGAAAGAAUUGAGGAGGUGAAGAAGCAAUGUGCCUUUGUUUUAUCAUCUGCUUCUGAAUUGAAGCCUGAUGAUAAUAGAAUGCUUAGCAUAAAGCAAGACCUGACCUUCCUGAAUGGGGAUUGGUGGCAAGAGUCGAAUGGGGCCCCACUAAUGCCAUUUGAUGAUAGGGAUUCAAAGAGUUCACCCGAACCUCGAUAUCCGAUGAACUUAGUUUCCUUCUGGAUUACUGAUGUUGAUCGUGUUCGUCGGUCUAAGAAAUUUGUCAGUGUGAGUGGAUUCCUACAAAUGGGUAUCACUGUGGAGGCAUUGUUUCUGGAAAAACCAUAUGAGAGAAACCCUCAUUUUGACAUAUGGCCUGAUCAUUCUCAGCUUUCUGUCUCCUUUGAAGGAAUAUACACCGAGUCUAAGGAGAACAAUGGGGAAAGGGUGUUGUGUUUGUUGGGGAAUACAAUGCUGCCUUCUCAUCAGCAGGAAUCUAGUGAUCCGUGGGAGUGGGUAAAGGAAUCUGGUUAUACUAAUCAACCGCCUCUUGUGCAAGAUGAUCAAAUUCUGCUUGUGCUUCAUUAUCCUAUCACAAGUACAGUGACAAGCAGAGCCAUACGAGGCAGCAUGAAAAGCUUAAAUGCGAGGUCAAACCUCAAGUACUUUGAUGAAGUUCGUCUCUCUUCUUGGCUUGGAACUUCUUCAAACUACAACUUUGGCUCUGAAAAGGUUGUGUCCCAAGCUUGUGAUCCAUACCCAUAUGAAGAUAGCUUCCUGAGCAGUGACAUUGAUAUCUAUAAAGGCCUUGAUUUUUGUGUUAUUCUUCAAAGAUUCACUCACCAAGAACCCUUAACCGUUGUGCCUAACUGGAAAUGCAAUGGCACUGACGAUUAUUGCAGUAAGCUGGGCCCAUUCAUGUCCAGUGGAGAGAUAAAGGCUACAAAUGGGAGCUUUAAGGAUGUCAAGAUUGUUCUUCAGGAUGUCCGGUGUGAGAAAAUGCCUACCAAAGGAAAUGAAGGUUCUAUUAGGGUCUCUUCGGUAGUUAGAGCAGUGCCUCCAUAUGAAAAGCAAUUCACUGCUGCACACAGAACUGGCCUUAAUAACAUGACUCUUUUUGCUGAGGGUAUCUGGAAAUCCUCCAGUGGGCAGCUUUGUAUGGUUGGUUGUCGUGGCAAUGCUCAUACAGAAGGCAAUGGCUGUGAUUCUCGUAUCUGCUUGUACGUCCCGCUCUCAUUUUCCAUCAAGCAACGGAGCAUAAUUGUUGGCACAAUUUCAAGCAUUGAUGCAAGCAGUAAGUCUUACUUCCCUUUAUCAUUUGAGAAACUGGUCCGGCCUUCAGAGUUGUGGGAUCAGUAUACUGAUUCUCACACAUACUACAAGUACUCGAAGUCUAAGGCAGCUGUUGCAGUUCUCGAGAAAAAUGAGCCAACAUCCCUCGGGUCUAUGUUUAAGAAAGCACUAUUAACAUUCCCAAAAUUGGAAGAUGCGGAUUCUUUUCUUGUUAGUCUUUCUCUUCUUUCUGAAGAUCUCACUAUUCAAUUACCAGCAGUUUCAGAUCUAAUUUCUGAUCCUGUUUCUCAAAGAACUGAAAUUGCAAUGGAAAUUGUCUCUCUUGGUCCUCUGUUUGGUCACUAUGGGUCUGCCAAAAAUGGUUCAGCUACUGAAAAGGACAGUUCUUACCAUUCCCGGGCUGAAUUUUCACAAAAGCAGCUUCUCUUAAAUGUUUCUGCUCAACUCAGUUUUACUGGAAGACUAUACAGUAACUUUUCUGCACUUUUCCUAGAGGGCCUUUAUGAUGAACUUGUCGGAAAGAUGUAUCUAAUUGGUUGCAGGGAUGCUCGAGCAUCAUGGCAAAUCCUACAUGAAAGCAUGGACCUUGAAGCUGGAUUGGAUUGCUUGAUUGAAGUUGUUGUUUCAUAUCCCCCUACAACAUCUCGUUGGUUAGUUAAUCCUAGUGCUAAGAUCUCCAUUUCUAGCCAAAGAAAUGAGGAUGAUCCACUCUAUUUUAGUUCUGUUUCCUUCCAAACAUUCCCCGUUAUGUACAGAAAGCAACGUGAAGAUAUUCUUUCACGCAGAAGCAUGGAAGGGAUCCUUCGCAUCGUAACACUUUCACUGGCAAUUGUUUUCAUUUUAAGCCAGUUGUUUUACAUAAGAGACAAUCUGGAGCUGGUUCCAUACAUAUCCCUCGUCAUGCUAGGCUUCCAAGCUCUUGGAUACAGCCUACCGCUAAUCACAGGUGCUGAGGCUCUCUUCAAGAAGAUGGGUACUGGAGCCAAUGAAAGCCCAUCUUAUGAUCUUGUUAACAGUCAGUGGAUUCGCGUGAUUGAUUAUACCGUGAAGAUUCUUGUACUGGCUGCAUUUCUGAUAACUUUGAGGCUCUGCCAGAAAGUAUGGAAAUCACGGGUCAGGUUGCUGACAAGGGAACCACACCAUGUUCCUAGUGAUAAGCUGGUCUUCAUCAUGACUUUGAUCAUACAUGCUGUUGGAUACAUAAUUGUCCUUAUUACCCAUGCCUCGUCUGAUGUGACCCAGAAACCACUUCGAGCUGAACGUUAUGUGGAUUCAACCGGACAUCUACAGACAUUGCGAGGAUGGGAAACUGAGCUGGAGGAGUACUCGGGUCUCAUCCAAGAUUUCUUUCUGCUUCCUCAAAUUAUUGGCAACUUCAUUUGGCAGAUAAAUUGCAAGCCACUGAGAAAUCUAUAUUACAUUGGGAUAACAUCACUUAGACUUCUCCCUCACCUGUAUGAUUACAUCAGAUCUCCAGUUUCCAACCCUUAUUUCUCAGAGGAAUACGAGUUUGUGAACCCUCGCCUGGACUUUUACACCAAGUUUGGUGACAUUGCGAUCCCAGUAGUUAUGGUUCUUUUAACAGCUAUAGUCUACAUUCAGCAGCGGUGGAGUUAUGAGAAGCUAAGCCAGACUCUUAAACUAGGCUCAAUCAGGCUUCUACCACAACCAUCCAAAGCAUACGAGAGGCUGCCUUCUGCAUCAUUUGAAGCUGAACUUUCAUCUGCGGUCAGUAAAGAUCUUGAUCCCGAAUAAUUAGGCUUACUUUACAUAUUCUCCCUAGAACUUGAGAAACUUUAUGGUUUCCAGUGUACUGCUCUUCUUUGUUUCAAAACCUUUCGUCUCGGAUAACAUUUACUUCAUAGAUUCUUCACUUGUUUCAUGUCUGCAAUUCACAACUCUACUGACAGAACAUACGUCAGUUUGCAAUGGAUAACAGAUUAAAUUUCAAACAGUGCUUGCACUC